CUCGUACCUUAGUUCCACCUUGACCGCUGGUGCCUCAUAGAAUCCCAGUGUUUGGGCUUAUUAGGAUUCAGUCAAAGCCAGACCCACUGCUGGGUUCAUCUAGGUUCACCUUUGAAUACGACUUUGCAACGUUUACUUUUCAACUCAUCAGGCGCCCAAGCACAUCAUGUUAUCUUCCCUCUCGAUCAUCAGUCGAAUAACUAGUCGGCCGGCUAUAUCAAAGUCUUACAUUCCUACGUCUCGAGCACUGACUAAGCGCUGCAUCAGUAUUCGCGCGAAUCCUACAGGAGCCGCUAUCACGAACAAUCAACAACUCCGUACCGCCACGACCAAGUCUGCGGCUACAUCUGAAAUUCACAGCUCAAUAUUUGCUCCUUUGGAUACUUUCCCUUCCCGCCAUGUGGGUCCUCGCGAUGAAGACAUCAAAUAUAUGUUGAAAACCCUUGGCUUCGAGUCUCUUGAUGAUUUUGUUAAUGAAGUCGUACCCGACUCGAUUCGAAUGAAUGAGCUCAACAAUGAAGAGCUCCCUGUUCUGAGCGAGAGCCAACUAUCUAAGCGUGCAGAAGAGUUGUCGAACAAAAACAUCUUGGCAAGAAAUUACAUUGGAAUGGGAUACUCGAAUGCCGUCAUGCCGCCUGCGAUUGCUAGAAAUGUCCUUGAAAAUCCCGCUUGGUACACGAGUUACACUCCCUACCAGCCUGAAAUAUCUCAAGGCAGAUUGGAGUCUUUGAUCAAUUACCAGACGAUGAUCAGCUCGCUCACCGGUUUAUCAAUUUCUAAUGCAUCAUUAUUAGACGAAGCAACUGCUGCCGCUGAAGCUAUGACACUUUCUUACAAUCAGUUGAAGGGAAAGAAAAAAACCUACCUUGUCGAUCGAUCUGUGUACCCUCAAACUAUGGCUGUUCUCCGUAACCGAUCAGGUCCUACAGGCAUCAAUCUUGUGGUCGGAAACAUCAAAAAAAUCCUGGAAGGCUCCACAGAGCACGAUCGACAGCUCAAAGCCGACUGUUUCGGAGCGCUCCUCCAAUAUCCUGAGCGACGAGGAGACAUUACAGACUGGGCAUCCGUUACUGAGCAGAUUCACGAACUUGGCGGCUUAGUCACUUGCGCUACUGAUCUUUUAUCAUUAACUAAGAUCAAGCCCCCAGGUGAAUGGGGCGCAGACAUUGCGGUCGGAAACAGUGCCCGAUUUGGAGUCCCUCUAGGCUAUGGUGGACCCCAUGCAGCCUUCUUUGCCGUCAAAGAGAGUUUGACGCGGAAAAUCCCCGGCCGGUUGAUCGGCGUGUCAAAGGACGCUAAUGGAAAACCCGCUUAUCGAUUAACGCUGCAGACUCGGGAACAGCAUAUCCGCAGAGAUAAAGCUCUUUCCAACGUAUGCACUGCCCAGGCAUUAUUGGCCAACCUGGCAGCGUUCUACGCAGUAUAUCAUGGACCACACGGUCUUUCGAAAAUUGCCGAUAAAGUUCACGCCUUCACUCAAGUUUUAGAGGCUGGUUUGAAAAAGUUGAGCUACGAGAUUGUUAAUGAGAGUUAUUUUGAUCGGUUGACAGUCAACACUUCUCGAAUCGCCAUGAAAGUUGUGAUGAGUGAAGCCGAGAAACGUUUGAUAAACCUACGAUCUCCAGACGAAUUCCAUGUAGGAAUCACUAUAGACGAGUCUCAUUCGAUUGAUGAUCUAGUCAAGCUCCUAAAUCUCUUUGUAGACUUGAACGACAUGACAUUCAACAACCGGAGAUCGGCAGCUGACCAUCACUUUACGGCUCAAUCCGUCCUUGACUUGGCUAAGUCCUUGAAGCUCGACACUAUCCUUGAGCUACCUACUAGCAACUCCAUCAAUGCAUCCUCUUCUAAGCCGACUCAAUCUCCCGUGCGAUCUGUUGUUCCAUCUCCAAUGCAGAGACAGAGCAAAUUUCUAGAGCACAAGGUUUUCAAUUCGUACCACUCCGAAACAGCCCUGAUGCGAUAUAUCUACUCCCUUCAAGCUAAAGAUCUGUCCCUCGUUGACAGCAUGAUCCCGCUGGGCUCUUGUACUAUGAAACUGAACUCGGCAAGCUCGAUGAUGCCAUUAAGCAUGAAGAAAUUCAGCGAGCUACAUCCUUUUGCCCCCGUCCAUCAAGCCAAAGGAUACUUGGAAAUGAUUCGCGAAUUGGAAGAAGACUUGAGUAGGAUCACUGGCUUCCCGGCAAUCAGUCUUCAGCCCAAUUCGGGAGCUCAGGGAGAGUACGCCGGCCUGUCCGUCAUUCGAGCCUAUCAUCACGCCCGAGGUGACAAACAACGAGAAGUAUGUCUGGUACCUGUCAGCGCGCAUGGCACCAAUCCAGCCUCUGCUGUGAUGGCCGGAAUGAGAGUAAUUUCGAUCAAAACUACAAAUACUGGCGAACUCGAUUUGGUGGAUUUGGAAGCAAAAGCUUCAAAGCAUGCUCAUGAGCUGGCAGCAAUUAUGAUCACCUACCCUUCAACCUUUGGGGUUUUCGAACCAAAUGUAGCAAAGGCUUGUGAGAUUAUUCAUCGAUAUGGUGGUCAAGUAUACCUGGAUGGUGCAAAUAUGAACGCCCAGAUUGGACUCACUAAUCCAGUCAAAUGCGGCGCUGAUGUUUGCCACUUGAAUUUGCACAAGACCUUUGGAAUACCUCAUGGUGGUGGCGGUCCCGGUGUUGGACCAAUUGGAGUAGCCGGUCAUUUGGCAAAGUAUCUUCCGGGUCAUCCACUCAUCAAGACAGGUGGAUCGGAGGGCAUUGAACCUGUUACAUCCGCUCCAUGGGGCUCUGCUUCUAUUCUUACAAUCUCAUGGGCGUAUAUCAAGAUGCUAGGAGGAAGUGGCCUCACCUUGAGUUCUAAAAUUGCUCUUCUCAAUGCCAACUACAUGGCCAAGAGACUCCAAGAUCGCUUUGAAGUAAAAUACAAGAAUGCACAAGGCAGGUGCGCGCACGAGUUUAUACUGGACUUUGCCGAAUUUGAUAAGAAAGCUGGAAUCAAAGUCAUGGACGUAGCGAAACGAUUGAUAGAUUAUGGAUUCCAUCCGCCGACCUGCUCCUGGCCGAUUUCGACAGCAAUGCUGAUAGAACCCACUGAAUCCGAAGAUUUGGCCGAAUUGGAUCGUUUUUGUGAUGCGAUGAUCUCCAUCAGACAAGAGAUAGAUGACAUCAUGGCUGAGGGUUCCAAGCUGAAGGAAACGAACGUCAUCAAAAAUGCACCUCAUACAAUUGAAGAUUUGACGAUGAGUGAAGAGGAAUGGGCCAGCAAGCGGUCGUAUAGUAAGGUUCAAGCUGUUUAUCCGGUCGACAGCUUGAGGAAGAGGAAGUUUUGGCCUAGUGUGGCCAGAAUUGACGACGCUUAUGGUGAUAUGAAUAUUUACUGUACAUGUCCAUCGACAGAGGAAGUAGCUGAGAACUAGAAUAGCAACAUGUUAAUAUCUCAGCCGCGUUUCAUCUUCAUGAUCCUGUCCCCCCCGCGCCUGACCCGAGAUACCUGUUUAUGUGAUUUUGUUCAAUAUUUGUGAUCCAUCUAGAUUUUGAUAGAAUGUGCAUUUUUUACUCCUUUUCUUAUAACUUUUUCUGAGUUUUUGUCAUUAGUAUGCCUCCUGUUCAGUUUUCAACAUAUGUACCUUUUUUCUUUUGUGGGGGGAGAAGAGUGGUAUCGGCAAUUCAACUUGUCCCGAGAACGCGU